AUGAAGAUUAAAUGCCCCCGAUAUGAGUUUACCCAGCCGGAACGAGAAAAAACACAAACAGAGGAGGAAAACAUUGUAGACCAAACUGAGGAAUCUAAAGAGAGACAGAAGUGUGAAACAGAGGAAACAAAAGAGAAGAACAAUAACAGGUCUUCUAGCCCUAAAAAGCGGAAGAAACAUAAGUCAAAGAAACGGUCAAUAGAGAACAAAAAGGAGAUAGGAAAGCCAGAGACUAAUAAUGUACGAGAAAAGGAGGAGAGAACGGAUAAAGAUGUUAAAUAUAAGGGGAUUUUGAUAAAAUAUAAGAACGAGCAGAUGGACAGAAAGAUCGCGAAGUUGAAGGGAAUAACAAGAGUGAAGAUGCAGGAAGCCUGUGUUGAGAAGUGCAUUUUGAUACGCGGGGAAAACUACUGGGAGUACAUAAAAGAAUUUGAUGAGAAUGUAAGAACGAAACGGGUUUGGUUGGUGGAGACACCACCCCCUAGAACUGAUUAUUUACAGUUGAUAAAGACGGAAGUAACAGUGAUUAAUGGGAGAAAAAUAACACGAAUAUUUCAAUUUUUGGAGUUGCAAAACUGUUAA